AAUCUCUUAGUUGACACAUUUGAAACACUCGGCAAAAUUCAUGCAAACCUUCAACGUCACAGCGCCGUAAGAGCUGCGGAGGCUGGGAAGUCCACCCGCCGUCGACAUGCUCACAUGCGCACUCGUGAAGAGAUUGUCGAGACUGCUCAGGAUCUUGAAGCAUCCUUCGCAUGGGCACCUCCGCUCUCGACUGAGCCUCGCGAUGCAGAUGACCUUCUCGCUAGUCUAGAGAGUAUCUCGCCUGACGACAUUGCCGCUGAAUUUGCAGCUCUC